AUCAAUAUUUAACACUCGCAGAAUAUAGUUUCAUAUUGCAAACUCUUCUAAAAUGGCACUUUCUUCUUCUUUUGUCUUCCUCUUAAUCUUCUUCUUUCUCAACUCUCUAGCAAUUUCAGUACAAUCGGACGGUUCUGAGACUUUCAUAGUCCAUGUGUCAAAAUCUCACAAGCCCCACAUCUUCACUACCCACCACCAUUGGUACUCCUCCAUUCUCCGAUCAGUCUCUUCUUCUUCCCAACACUCCGCCAAAAUCCUCUAUUCUUACGAUUAUGCUGCCCGGGGUUUCUCUGCCCGUCUCACUUCCGAGCAGGCUGACCGGCUCCGCCGCAUGCCCGGUGUAGUCUCCGUCAUCCCUGACCGUGCACGUCAGCUUCACACCACUCACACACCUACCUUCUUAGGUCUCGCAGACUCAUUCGGGCUUUGGCCUAAUUCCGAUUACGCUGAUGACGUCAUCGUUGGGGUCCUCGACACGGGCAUUUGGCCGGAAAGACCGAGCUUUUCCGACGACGGGCUUUCUGCUGUCCCGUCUGGUUGGAAAGGCAAAUGCGAAACUGGGCCGGACUUUCCUGCAACUUCAUGUAAUCGUAAAAUCAUCGGUGCUCGAUUGUUUUACAAAGGCUACGAAGCUGAUCGUGGAAGCCCAAUUGACGAGUCUAAAGAAUCUAAAUCGCCAAGAGAUACUGAAGGACACGGGACUCACACUGCUUCAACUGCAGCUGGAUCUGUUGUAGCUAACGCUAGUUUUUUUCAAUACGCAAAAGGUGAAGCUAGAGGCAUGGCUGUGAAAGCUCGAAUAGCAGCUUAUAAGAUCUGUUGGAAAACAGGGUGUUUUGAUUCUGAUAUUUUAGCUGCAAUGGAUCAAGCUGUUGCUGAUGGAGUUCACGUGAUUUCACUUUCCGUUGGUGCUGACGGUUAUGCACCGGAGUAUGACGUUGACUCUAUUGCUAUUGGAGCUUUUGGUGCUUCGGAACAUGGCGUUGUUGUCUCUUGCUCUGCUGGAAACUCCGGUCCCGGUGCUUCCACCGCGGUCAACGUUGCGCCUUGGAUUCUCACCGUUGCUGCCUCAACCAUAGACCGGGAGUUCCCGGCGAAUGUAAUCUUAGGCGACGGUAGAAUAUUCGGCGGCGUAUCCCUGUAUUCCGGCGAUCCGCUUAACGAUACAAAAUUACCUCUUGUUUAUUCCGGCGACUGUGGCAGUCAACUCUGUUAUCCAGGAAAGCUGGAUCCUUCAAAGGUCGCCGGAAAAAUUGUAUUAUGUGAUCGAGGCGGCAAUGCUAGAGUAGAGAAAGGAAGUGCAGUAAAAUUAGCCGGCGGUGCAGGUAUGGUCCUGGCGAACUUAGCUGACUCCGGCGAAGAACUCGUCGCCGAUUCACAUCUCCUCCCAGCGACUAUGGUCGGACAAAAUGCCGGUGACAAAAUCAGGGAUUACGUCAAAUCUGAUUCAUCACCAACGGCAACAAUAGUCUUUAAAGGAACUGUAAUCGGAAAAUCACCGUCUGCUCCACGAAUUGCUGCCUUCUCAGGCCGAGGACCCAAUUAUGUAACACCGGAGAUCCUUAAACCUGAUGUUACUGCACCAGGAGUCAACAUUUUAGCCGGUUGGACCGGGUCCAUUGGACCAACAGAUUUAGAAAUUGAUACCAGAAGAGUGGAAUUUAACAUUAUAUCUGGUACAUCCAUGUCUUGUCCUCAUGUAAGUGGAUUAGCUGCUUUACUCAGAAAAGCUUACCCUAAAUGGACUACAGCAGCCAUCAAAUCUGCCCUCAUGACGACAGCUUACAAUGUAGAUAACUCCGGCAAAACCUUUACGGAUCUCGCAACAGGCCAAGAAUCGAGUCCGUUUGUUCACGGGUCGGGUCAUGUGGAUCCGAAUAGAGCACUGGAUCCGGGUCUUGUUUAUGAUAUUGACACGAAGGAUUACUUGGACUUUUUAUGCACCAUUGGUUAUGAUCCCAAAAGGAUUUCACCAUUCGUGAAAGAUACUUCUUCAGUGAAUUGCAGUGAAAAAAGUUUAGUUAGUCCAGGGGAUUUGAAUUAUCCGUCGUUCUCAGUUGUUUUUAGUAGUGAGAAUGUGGUGAAAUACAAGCGCGUGGUUAAAAAUGUUGGCAGGAAUACGAAUGCGGUAUAUGAGGUGAAAAUAAAUGCACCGGCUUCGGUGGAGGUGAAGGUGACUCCUACUAAGCUCAGUUUUAGUGAGGAAAAUAAGAGUUUGUCGUAUGAGAUUAGUUUUAGCAGUAAUGGAAGUGUUGGGUUGGAGAGAGUAAAAGGUCUUGAAUCUGCAUUUGGGUCAAUUGAGUGGAGUGAUGGAAUUCAUAGCGUGAGGAGUCCAAUUGCAGUGCAUUGGCUACUCCACUCUGCUACAGCAUCUCAGUGAGCAAUGGACUAUGAAGCAGAAGAUAAUUGUGCUAAACUGCAAACUGUGAUGGGCCAGAAACAGGAACAAGGCCAAGUUCAGAAAGGAAAAAUAAAUAGCGAAGGACCACAUCUAUCUGUUGAAAUAAUGUUAAGAAAUUGUCAUCAUUCUUUUCUUGUUUAUGAGUAUUUACCAGCCUCAAGUACAUUUGAAAAUUUAUGUUCAUCUGCUGUAACAUUGUCAUUUGAUGGGCUUAGUACAAAAUGAACUAGUCAUUGCAAGACAGACAACUAUAAAUCAUAUCAUCUUUGAUUA